AUGCCAGGGGACAGUCCCAUCGUCACCUGGGACCAAUUCCAGUCUGCAAUGAGUGUGAUUAGAACUGUAAUAGGGGGAGCCGGAGCAUCCGGCGCAACGACUCUUAUACUACCUGAAGACGGCAGCACUAUGAAGGCCUUUCUGCUGCGCAUCGAGCGCCGGUACGCCCAAAUGGGAUUGGAACCGCGCGAGUGGGGAGAUGCACUCAUAGACCACCUUGUGGGCCCGGCUCUAACUUGUUGGAUGUAUCUACAGGAAACUAUCGACCUAAGCGACUGGGCAACAGUACGGCGCAGGCUUUUGGAGCGGUUUGACAUAACCAUGUCGCAGAGUCAAUUGUUAACGGAGUUGAAAAAGGGUGCAGUUUAUAGACCCGGCCCAAGGGACUGGAAGCACGUACACGCAGCUGCGGGCGCAGUGCACUACACGAAGGAGUACACCGACCGGUUUGCGGCGGUGGCAGAACGGGGGUUGGGUCUAUCCCCCGACGAAAUCGCGGACUACUAUUGCGCCGGGCUACCGACAGACCUCCAUCUUCUAAUAACGAAUAACGGACAAGUGAAAUAUCAGUCGUGGGAACAAGCGGCGACCGCCGCAACAUGGCUCUACGAGCCCAACCAGAGUGUGCUGGAACUCCGAGAAAGGAUCAACCGAGCCAUUAGGGUGGCCGCCCAAGAUAAGGGACUUAGUGGACGCCAGGAAAUUGAAAAUCUCUCUGGGGGAACCCACGCUGACUGCUUUGAGUGUCAGGGUCGCGGACAUCCGGCACGUGUCUGCCCUAGCAAAGCGGAACGUACCAGGCGUCCGGGGGAAAUAUGCAAGAAGUGUGGCGGUGUGGGACACUAUGCACGGGACUGUCCUACGUAUGAACGAGGCCGGCCCGAACCGGUGGACAAGAGCAGUAGAGCGCCCACCCGUCCUAGCACUGAGAAGACGGAACGAUUAAACGUGCGGGCCUAG